AGUUGGCUGUGUUUUACGGGAAAACAGCCAAGUCGGCAACUCUGACAAGAACGCAAAGUACAACAAUUUUUUUCGUUCCGUGUGACGUGAAAAGUGCAUAAUAUCUGUUAAAUAUAGUUUUAGUCUAAUUUAUUAACCACAUAAAUAGCCAUGUCCUUUGCGGAAAAGAUAACGGGAUUGCUGGCAAGGCCGAAUCAACAAGAUCCCGUUGGACCGGAGCAGCCCUGGUAUCUGAAAUACGGCAGUCGGCUGCUGGGCAUUGUGGCCGCCUUCUUUGCCAUACUCUUUGGCCUGUGGAACGUCAUCUCCAUCCUAACCCUCAAUGUGGGCUGCCUGGUGGCGGGAAUCAUUCAAAUGGUGGCAGGAUUUGUGGUGAUGCUCCUGGAGGCGCCUUGUUGCUUCGUCUGCAUCGAAAAGGUCAACGACAUUGCGGACAAGGUGGACUCCAAGCCCAUGUACUUCCGGGCUGGCCUCUACUGCGCAAUGGCCGUUCCUCCCAUCUUCAUGUGCUUCGGACUGGCCAGCUUAUUUGGAAGUGGCCUGAUUUUCGCCACUGGCGUGAUAUACGGAAUGAUGGCGUUAGGCAAAAAAGCUUCGCGCGAGGACAUGGCCGCCGCUGCCACAUCGCCCACACAGAUGGCCGGCAGUCAGGCGGGCGGGCAGAUGCAGAUGGGCGGCGAUCAACAUAUCACACUUAUGGAAGAUCCGGACGUUUGGCGUCCCACAUAAAUUCCCAGCCGCGCGAUUAGUAACUGCCAAAAAUCCGCAAUCACAACUCCACAACACAUCCAGAUACAAGACACACACAAAUACACACCUCACACACUCAACUAGAUAUGCGAAAGAUGCAACAAUCGAAUAACAAAUAUUUUACGGCGCAUAAUUUUUAGUGUUCAGUUCAAGAAAAAUUAAAAAAAAAAAUGCAGCGUUGUAGCAGGGCAUCAGAACAAUAGUAUACAGAACACCCCACCAAUUACAAAGGAAAUGAAACGAAAUUCUCAUAAUUGUUGAACUAGAAUCAGAAUCAGAAGCAGAAGCAGUGUUAUUAGUCAGUGUUUUUUGGGCAAAUGCAUUUUGUUCAUUGGCCCCUUAUUUUGCAUGUUAUUCGUAUUCCAUUUUUAAAUGUCUUUCGUCAAGCGGUUGGUGUUGUUUGAACCUACAGUUAAAUAUAUAUAUAUUAUAAAUAAAUAGAGAAGAUACUGAUAUAGUUACACAAAUCAUACACACGUCAAGCUGCAGCAGGCAUAUAUUUUUAGUGAGAAAAUAUAUUUGAAAGGUGUCCGGUAAAGAAACCAACCUAUAUGUGAACCUCAAAGCUUCCACAAACUCUACACUCACAGCUAAAUUGCGGCUAUAAAAUUCACACAAAAGCGCAGACAGUAAAUUAAUAAAUUUAUUAAAAAUAAAAAUUAAACGAUAUGGAACGUUGAGAACCUAGAGCAAUAUGUACAACUCAGAAGUAUUAACUUUAUAUGCUUUGCUUCGAUGUAAACCAUACGAUUGAAUGUUAAACGUUGUUUGAGAAUUUAUUUGCUCCCAAGAUAGGCACAAAUUGAAAUUGAACAUAAUCAUAAAAUGCAUUAAACAAGUUGAGAAUUUAUAUUUUUUUUAAAGAAAAAACAUUACAAUUUUCGGUAAAAGCAUUAUUAUUUGUGUUGAAAGGUUUCUUUAUCGGUUUUCGUUUAAUUUUUUAUAGAAUUAAGUUAUUCAUAAGUAUUUAUUCCAAAUUAUUUUUCUUAUGACUUCAACAAUCAUUCCAAUUUAUAUUUAUUUAAGUUAUUUUGUUAUUAAGAGUAAAUUAUUUGAAAAUACUCGCAAGAACUUGUCAAAAUAUAGUAUCUACCGGAAACUGCGAAUCUCACCUGAUCUAUGAAUGUAACUCAAUAAAUUUGUUAAAAUUCGUUAAAUAAUGAAGAACGCAA